AUGCUUCCUCUCGUGGAGGAUUGGUCGGACGAGGAGUCGGGCGACAUCCCAUUCAACGAUGCGCCUGAGCAGCAAUACGAUGACAAUAACACGGCUGAGGCCUCCGGCGACGACGACGAUGAGGGAGAUGAGGAUGACGAAGUCUUUGUCGUCGAUGAAAUCAAGGAUCACCGCUUCGAUGCAGUUGAUGGUACUCUGUGGUUCCAUGUGAAAUGGAAGGGCUACCCGAAGCUUGAAGACCAUACUUGGGAACCUGAACCGAACUUAGAGGAUGUCCCCGAUAUACUGAAAACUUAUUUUGACAAGAGUGGUGGGCGACCUGAGAAGCCACCCGCCAAGGGCCCUGGUAGAGGUGCCCCCGGUAGAAAGCGCAAGUCAAUGGGGGAGAAGAAGGAAGCUUCGCCCGCUGGAUCCACGGACUCGAAGAGGCGGCGUCGAUCCGCCCCCAAAACCCAGACGAAAUCGAAGGCCGACCCUACCCCCAAGACCGAACCCAAAAAUGUGGAUAGUACACCCGCAGAAACCGACGAGGAAGAGCCAUCCGAUUGGGUUCCCAAGGGCAAAAGCUGGGAGAAGGAUAUCCAGUCGGUAGAUACAAUCAUCAGGGAUGCGGAUGACAAUGGGCUGUACGCCCUUCUACACUGGACCAACGGCAAACGCUCACGGGUGCCAACUGCAAGCUGUUACGAAAAGUGCCCGCGGGCCAUGUUGCAGUUCUAUGAAACCCACCUGCAAGUCCAACCUCCAUCGUUCGUUGAGACAAGUGCUAAUUCU